UUACUUUGGUAGCCCUUCCCCGGACAAUCCCACUUAUUAGUUUUCCCUCUCUCGGCUCUUCUGCAGCGCGAGCGGAACAAGGACUCAAAAGCGGAGCGGGAGGGUCUUCACUGGGAAUCAUCAUGCGUGCUUUAACAGCGCGAUUGGCCACUUAUCUAUGCAGAAGAAAACCUGGGCAUUUGCAGAGUAGAUAUUGCUCUUCGUAUAGCGGGAAAGAUGAGCUAGCGCUGGAGCAGGAGGCUGAGAAGAAAAUAGGAUGGUUGUUGAAGUUGUUCUUCGCGGGAACAGCCACAUAUGUUGGCUAUCAAUUUUUCCCAUACAUGGGAGAUAAUUUAAUACAGCAGUCCGUUUCCCUUCUGCAAGUCAAGGAUCCCUUGUUUAAGAGAAUGGGAGCUUCUAGGUUAUCUCGUUUUGCAAUAGAUGAUGAAAGAAGGAUGAAAAUAGUGGAGGUGGGUGGUGCUCAAGAGCUUGUGAACAUGCUAAGCAAUGCUAAAGAUGACCGGACAAGGAAGGAAGCUUUGAAAGCUCUUGCUGCUCUUUCAAAUUCAGUUGAAGCUGCGGGAGUACUCCACCAAGCCGGGUUAAUCUCUGUCAUGAGGUCCAUCCCAGGUUCUUUUGAGGAUGCGGAAGCAGAGAAGUAUAGAUCUGGCUUAUUAAAAAGGUUUCAAGAUCUGAGAUAUGAUGAUUCCUCCUAGAACCACGGUAAUCUAAUUCUGCGCCAUUGAUGUUUAACUUUGGAGCAUCUCCCGACGUAAUCUCUAACAAUCCCUUGGAAAAGCCUCCAUGGUCCUCCGUCCAUCAUUCAGACAUCUCCUGGAUCACCAAAAACAGAUACAACUUUCCGCUGCAGGAAGGUGAUGCUUGAUGACCCAUCUUUUUUAUAAAUUUUUUUUUCAUGGGAAAGUCCAUUUAUCUAGAUUUCUUGCUUUUGGUUUUGCUUAUGUGGUGGUUCACUGGUAGAAAUAGAAUGGUGCUGUAACUGUAAACUUCUUAAGUUUGGAUCUCCUGUUGUGCAGCGAGAUUUGGUGUUUAUAUGAAGAGGUAGUUUUUGAGUUA